AUGAGCUACGAUCCAAUACAUGACACAUACACACCAGCAAAACCAAAAGACCCACAACUGCUGCCUUCGUCAAACACGAUACAGAAAAAGCUUGAGCAUCGUAGUGAUCCGUUAUCAAUAUCGAAUCUAGUUUCAGAAGAGGAAACUCAAUCUCAAGAUCCAGUUGCACAUGCUGCUACAAUCACUACUCCAUCUCGUUCACACAAUGCCCAUAAGAUUCUGGCUAUAUCCAACCUAAUUGAAGCGGAAGUGGAGAAUGAUGGUGAUGAUGAUUAUGACGAUACUGAUGUCAACUCGACGAUUUUAGGCGAUGAUGAAGACUAUACUGUGCCAUCGGCAUUAACCAACAAGACAAAGAAGAAAUCGUCCUCAUCUAAAAAGAAAAAGAAGAGCAAUAUUGCUAAUUCUAAGUUAUCUUUGAAAAAGGCUGAUGGUGAACCAUUUUGGCGUAGAGAUAUUCAAUAUGAUAUGCUAACUGCGUUGUUUGACGAUAACACUGCUUGUUUUACAAAUACUUACCCCGAUCUGAACUUGCCUGGUGUAAACAAUAAUUCUAAAGUGACAUUUGCUGAGUUAUAUAUUCGAACAUUGGCUGAAUCAAAUAAAAGUUCAAAAGUAUUGAAAGAGAAAUUACUUCGGGAUUUUGAUUUGGGAAAAGCAGUUUCAAAGGUGUGUGUGUUGGUUAAUGCUGGCAGGAUGAAUACGACUAUUAAUUUCGUUCAUGAUAUGAAAUCUACGUUGAGGACAUAUCACUCGAUACCUUGUUUGCAAACAGGACCUCAAGGUGGUACUAUUAGACAAUUACAAGAUACUCCGCGUUUGAAAUCGAUAAUCAAAGCGGUUAAUGAAGGACAAGAGAAGAAAGUGACAAGUCUUGAAUUGUUGGUUAAGUCGCCUCCUUCAACUAAACCAAAUACAGAUAUUGUUCAAUUACUAUUUCUACUUAGUGAAGCCAACAAUGGAAUUCCAUUUAUUGAAGAUUCAAAUUUCCAUUUGUUAGACUUGUUUGUCAAUACCAAAGUGACACCUCAAAGUAGAGCCAGGAAACUAUUAUGGUUACUCUAUACAUUUUUGGAGACAGAUUUCACACCCGAACAGUUAUCUCAAAAUCCAUUUGGUGGGGCAGCAAUACCUGAUGAAGUACCAAUACCGGAAUCAGCAACGGAUGAAUAUGAUGUUGAUCCUCAAUAUGAAAUAGAUUACGCUUCUGAGAUGCUUCAAGCUAGAAAACAGUAUUUAAGUGAGGAUCAUUCGCAUGAUGGUGCUCAUGUUUCGCAACGAACACAAGACACUCGUGCUGGUGUAUCUUCGAGCAAUGCACCCAAGGUAAAUGCUAAGAAGAGAGAGGUUAAAUCUGAGGGAGUUGGUGAGAAUGAAGACAAUGAAAAGAAACUGAGUAAACCAAAUCAACCUAGAAAGAAGCAAAAGAAAGCCGGUCUUGAAACUUCGUUGCCAUUAUCAAAGAGUAUUGUAAGCUUGAGUAUGCGAUCGCUGCCGGUUGCAAAAGGUGAAGACAAGGUAGAUGAUGGUGAUGAAGAGAGCCAAGCAAGUAGGAUCACCACCAGCAUUCAUUUCCCUGUUAAUGGUAUUGCCAACUCGGUUAAAAAUUACAACAGACUGACACAUGUUCCAACAAUACCCGAUGGUAAAGAGUCUAUUGAAUUUAAAUGCGAUUUAUUAGAAACAACAAACCCCUUGGUUCAAGAAGUCCGCACAUCAUCCAAAGCAAGUACCGCAUCAUUCAACAAGAAAAUCACCAUUUUGGGUAAUUGGCUUUAUCGUUAUUUCAAAUACAAAAAAUCAAUAGCUAACAAGUUUGUUGGUUUAGAAUGGGAAGAUAUUAGACAUGAUUUAGUGUCUGGACUUGAAACUUAUUUAUAUGAAACGUUUGGUAAAUCAUUGACUACAACUAAAUUGUUGAAUGAGAUUAAUGAUGAGGAAAACAAUGAAAGUAAUGGCAAUGGGUUCGGCACUGCUGAUGAUGUAUAUUUCAAUUAUAUUUCAGUGGGGGAUUAUGAUAAGGCAAAUGAAAAGAAAUCAUUUCUAUUAAAUCUAACUACAUUUGCCAAUGAUUAUUUUAUAACUAAAGUGGAAGAGAAAAUGAAUCAUGAAUUGACAAGUAAUAUCACAUUUGACCUUGAUAAUGAAACAGUGUCUAUAUAA